AUGGGAAACCUUCCAUAUCCCAGCUGGUACCCCAGGACUCGCUUCCCUAACUUCCUCAUUUCCCCCCUCAACUACACCUUCGACUCUAGCGUGAUCCUCUCUCGCAUAAACCCCAGUAUCAGCUUCGGCGGUGCCAAUAAGACCCAUGUGGAGCUGUUUCAGGACACCCUGAUUACAACGGCCAGUCCAGCGUUGGCCCUCCAGGCUCUACUCCCCCGCAUCUGUCAAAUGGCAUACUACGAGCAAUUGGUCGUGGUUGAAGAAACCGGUCACUGCCGUGACAGCAUUCUCGCUCGCCGCGACGAUUCCGUGGUCGUCAUCGUCCUGUUUGUAAGGUCGACCGACAUCUCGUUCAUUGGGAGUUACUGGCAGAGAGUAGCGCAGAUAAUUUCAAAGGAAACGCAGCCUAUACUAAAAGAGGAAGAUCACAUGGAUGAUGGGACUGUAAGAAAGUGGGCGAAGAGUGAGCAGGUAGUGGAAUCAUUGGGUGAUUGCUGGGCUUUGCGGGAGAGUGGUGGGCGGGUUAACUUGGGGCCUGUAGAGAAGGGGGAAUAG